UCGUAGAAUUAAGUGCAUGACCCACCCCCCACCCCUUAUCGCGGGUUGGUUGGGAGGUAAAAAAAAAGAGAGAGAAAGAAAAGCAUGGACGAAGAAGCAAAAAAAAAAAGAAUUAAAAGCAAAAACGAGAUAUGAGUCGAUAAAUAAUGAAAACAAUACGCGCGCAUAGAUAGGUAUAUAUAUACAUAUACAUAUAUAUAUGUGUGUAUAUAUAUAUAUAUACAUAUAUGCAUAUAUAUAUAUAUAUAAAUAAAUGAAUAAAUAAGAAAUAUAUAUAUAUAUUUAAGUAGAUAAUAUAUACAUAUAUAUAUAAAUAUAAAUAUAUAUAUAUAUGAUGUUGUAACGUACUACAAUCCUCGCGUGUAUUAUCCGGAACAGUGACGCGUGUACUCGCGUACGUACGUUCGCCGAAAAUGGCGGAGAAGUGUACCAGAAAAUAAAGAGAGGGAGGGAGAGAGAGAGAGAGAGAGAGAGAAAGAGAAUGAUAUAAAGAGUUGAAGUAUACGAAAGAUCUACGAAGAAAAGUAAAUAAAAUCAAAAAUGAAGGAUCGAACGUAGGGGAUGAACAAUCUCGCAUCUCGCAAUUUUCUUCUUUCUUGAAAAUAAUUCGCGAGAAUGGCCGUUCACUUUGUUUCAGCGAGAGAGAGAGAGAGAGAGAGAGAGAGAGAGAGAGACGUAAAAAAAGAGAAAAAGAAAGAUUGAAAAUAAUUCGAGUAAUAAAUAUUUCUAAUUGUAAGAUACUAAGAAGCAACUCGUGGUUCCUGUCUGUAAAAGAUGCUUUUUUCUAACGUAACGUUGGUAACUCGGUGAUUAUUAAACAAAAUAAAUAAAAAAAAAAUUGAUAUAUAUAUAUACACAUAUAUAUUAUAUAUUAUAUUUCGAUUAGUAUCAUUAUUAAUAUGAGAUCAUUAUUAUUAUUAUUAUUAUUAUUAUUAUUAUUAUUAUUAUUAUUAUUAUUAUUAUUAUUAUUAUUCUUAUUGUUAUUAUUAUCAUCAUCAUUAUUAUUAUUAUUACAAUUACGAUUGUAGAUAACGAUAUUACAUUUAUAUGUAUGUGCUCAUAUAUUUAUGAUUAUUAUCAUUAUUAUCAUUAUUAUCAUUAUUAUCAUUAUUAUUAUUAUGAUUAUUAUUAUUAUUAUUAUUAUCAUUGUCAUCGUCAUCAUCAUCAUCGUCAUCAUCAUUAUUAUUAUUAUUAUUAUUAUUAUUAUUAUUAUUAUUAUUAUUAUUAUUAUUAUUAUUAUAUUGUAAGACGUUACAGCGUUGAACUAACGUAUACAUAUUAACGAUUAACAAAAAAAAAAGAAAAGGAAAAAAAAUGAAACAUACCUAUACACGCACGUACGAGGGGUCGACACACGUCAUUUCGGGGGUGAGUCUUCUUCGAUAAGUAUCAUUUACUGAUAUCGACGCGUUCGUCGGUGUCGUACUAAAAAAAAAUGGAAAAAAACGAACAAACAAAAAAGAAAAAUGUUACACAUACUUUUUUACACUCGUACAAGCACAAACACGAAUACGUUCUACUAAAAAAACAACGUACACACGCACACACACACACACACACACACACACAAAAUAAUCGGAAAUGAAUCAAACAUUUUUAAAUCGACUCCCACUCUUUCUCUCUCUCUCUCUCUCUCUCUCUCUCUCUCUCUCUCUCCCUCUCUUUCUCUAUUUAUCUAUCUGUCUAUCUUUAUCUAUAUGUCUCUCUAUCUCUCUCUAUCUAUCUCUCUCUCUUUCUUUUUAUCUCGGUACCUGGUAACCGAAUCAGUCUCUUAUGUAACCGAUACCUCGCAAAAUAGGGCAAUUAAAUGAAAGAAAAGAAUGAAAAUGGGGGGAGAGAGAAGAAGGGAGAGAAAGAGAGAGAGAGAGAAAGAGAAUGUAAAAAAAGAAAUAUUAAAGUGAAAAAAUAAUUACAAAAAAGAAAAAAAAAUUUAUUAAUUAACUAAUUAAUUAAAAAGAAAAAAAAAGAAUAAAUAAAUAAAUAAGAGACAAACAAAGAUGGGAAAAGAGAAACCGAAAGGAUAGAAAAAGAAAGACGUAGUCCGUGUGACGAUUCGUUGUAAGGAGGAUGAAGGAAGAAAAAGGAAAAAGUAAAAGAAUGAAAGAUAAGAAAUUAUUUAUCACGCGAAAAUAGUUUCGUCACACACACGCGUCACCUGCGUUAAACAUCGUUGUUUCGUCAUUGUCGUUGUAAACGUGUCAUUAUUGUCAUCGUCAUUGUUAUUAUUAUUAUUAUUAUUAUUAACAUUGUCAUUUUUAUUAUUAUGAUUAUUAUUACGUUUAUUAUUAUUAAUAUUAUUAUUAUUAUUAUUACUAUUAUUAUUAUUAUUAUUAGCACGAGGCACGAAGUUCCAAAAAAAAGAAGAAGAAGAAGAAGUAAGAAUAACGUAUAAAAAAGAAAAUAAAAGAAAAAAAGAUUAAAAAAAAAGAAAGAGAGAAAAAAAAGCCAUGGGAAUCCACGAUUUUCGAGAUUUAAAGACUGCGAGAGGACAAAGCUGAUGCACUUUUCGGCACAUACAGAGUAAAAGGCGAUUCUCACGUGUCGCGUUAAAAACGAAGUAUACCGCGUCUAUCGAGAUUUUCAUUUUUCUAAUUUCUUCUAUCGCGAAGGGCGCGCGUGCGAGAAACGGACGCGCGUUAACACGAACAAAAUAAACGCAAAUACGCACACACAAACACAUAAACGUUCAUACUCAGUAUAAAAACAGGCGAUAUACCUUGGUACACGCAAACACGCAUACACAUGUAUACACGUGAACAGACAGACAGCUAGACAAACAUUCAGAGACAAAUUAGACAGUCGCAUAAAACACACGAGAGACUAUGAAAUAUCGAGUUCUGAUAUUUUUCUCGUGAAUGGGUGGGUGGGGAUGAGGGGGUACUGGUGAUGGUGGUGGUGGUGAUGGUGGUGGUGGUGGUGUCGAAAAGAAAAAGAGGGAGAGAGUGAGAAGGCGAAGAAAGGAAAUAAAUAAAUAAAGAAAGAAAGAAAGAAAGAAAGAAAGAAAGAAAUAAAGAGGAAGAUGGGAAACAACGCGGCUACGUACGUGCGCGUGUACGCUAUAAACUGAGCGGUUUUGGCGUUUUGAGUUUCGAGUACGGGAGAUUGCGUGAUAGAGUAACCGAACCUCGCUACUAGCUGUUCCUAAAAUCAACAAUUUUGAAUGAGUGAUGAGCGCGUGCGGAUGCGUAUAUAUAUAUAUAUAUGUAUGAAUUAAAAAUAAUAACAAAAAAGUAAGAACGAAUGUGGGGGGAAGGAGAUCGAUUAAGAAAAAGAUAAAAAAAAAAAAAGAAGAAAAAGAAGAAAAAAAGAUAGGGAGGGAGGAAGGAAGGGAGGAAGGAAGGAAGGAAGGAAAGAUAAAUAAGGAAGAAACUGAAAAAGAGAAAGAGAAGAUAGAAAAGGAGGGAGGAUUAAUUAUAUAAUACAAGAGAGAGAGAGAAAAAAAAAACAUUGCGAUUAUCCUAUUAUUGCGUUGCCUGACUUAAACAUAAGCGUGGUGUUAAGCGACGCAUAUCUAAUCAUCCUCGUGGCCAAUCCUCGAACGCGAAUCGAUUCUCCAUUUUCUUUCUCGAGAUCACGAGUCUCAUUCAUGGAUUUUCAAUCGUCGAUUUGAUUAUACGUUCGUCGAUAAAUAGGCUGCGAGGACGAUCUGAGGCGUCGUCGAGCUCCGACGACGAUAUAAAAUCUUUUUUACUUUUUUUUUUCCUUCGUCUUUCUAAUCUCUGUUGAGUUUCUAUUGAAAUGUGUUAAAUCCGGCUAUUUGUAUUAUUAAUCAGAUUGGUUGCUUGUACAUGAAUAUUGCGAUAACUAUUAUUAUUAUUAUUAUUAUUAUUAUUAUUAUUAUUGUAAUUACUACUACUUGUACUACUACUACUAUUACUACUACUACUACUACUAUUAUUAUUAUUAUUAUUAUUAUUAUUACUAUUAUUAUUAUUAUUACUAUUAUUAUCAUUAUUAUUAUUAUUAUUAUUAUUAUUAUUAUUAUUAUUAUUGCUAUUGUCAUUAUUAUUACAAUAUUAUUACCGCUAUAUAUAUAUAUCAACAGGGAUAUAUACAUAUAUAUAUAUUAAUUGCGAAACGAUUGCGAAUCAUUGCCGGCCGAGUCGCAAUUUAUAGAUGUAGCAAGGAGAGCAAUCGAUUAUCUGUUUGACGAGAGCGACGAAUUUUUGAUUGAAUAUUUAAAUUAAUGAUAAACAAAUGGAAAAGAAAAAAAAAGAUUCCAUAGAUCGACAAAAAAAAAAGAAAAAAGAUAAAAAUACACGAACAAACGAACACGAACAAACACACAUAGAGACACACGGACACAUAUACGCACGCACGCAGCAGAUACAUACCUACGCGUAAGAAUACGCGCGCACACAUAAAAAAAAACUCUACACUAACACAGACAGACACGAACACGCGCGCAAGAAACACGAUGCAGAAUUAAUAGCGGAUACUAGUUGAUAAACGAUAGUGAUUAAUUCUUGUGAGAGAUUGCCAUGUGUAUAUCUAUAUGUACUCACUAAAAUCGGGUUAAAGAAACCCCCGGUAAGGCUCGCGGCGAGAGAGUUAGCCUUUUUUCGCCGAGAGACUUUGCGAAAGCGACUUUGUAAACGGGGGUUUAAGCACUCGAGAAAACGCCGGCCCAAGAAUCCCGACGACGUUGGUGUCCGUGACUGCUUUGUCGUUCUAUUUUAAAUUACUACCUCUCUCACUCUCUUAUUCUCUUCUCUCUCACGCUCUCUCUUUCUUACUCUUUCUUUCUCAUCGUCUCUCUAAAUAUUCGUGCAACGCGUAAUACAUAUAUCGAUUCGGAAAUUCAAAACAAAAAUUUAAAAAAUGAAAGAAAGAAAGAAAGAACGAAAGAGAGAGAAAGAGAAAAAGAUAUAUAUAUAUAUCUUAUAAAGAGAGAUAGAGUGGGGGGGAUAGAGAGAGAGAGAGAAAGAGAAAGAGAGAUUAGAAAGAGAGAUAAACGAGAGAAACGAGUUUCCGUUCGUCGUAAAAUGAAAAAAAUGAUGACUAUGACAAGAUUAAAGAUUAAAAAAAAAGAAGCAAAAUAAAGAGAGAAAGAGAGAGAAAAGAAAGAAAUGCAUGUGCAUAGUUCAAGACAUAUACAUACUUACAAGGGGAAAAAAAAGAGAAAAAGGAAAAGAAAAGAAAAGAAUAGAAAAGAAAAGGAUAAAAAGACAAAGAAACACACUCAUAAACCUCUCCUCUACCCCUUGUUCUCCUCCUCCUCAUCCUCCUCCUCCUUCUUCUCCAUCUCCUCAUCCAUCUACACCUCCCUUCUCUAUACAUACCUACAAAACAUAAAUGUGCAAUACCUGAUAAUACCUGGGUAUCAAAAAAAAAAAAAUUAUAAGAAAAGAAAAGAAAGACAGAAAAAUAAAGAGAAGAAAAGAAAAGAAAAAAAAACAAACACAAGAAAAGGAUCGGUCCUAUGCUCGUCGAUACGAUUAAUCGAUAUCAUGAAAAAAUUUUCCAAAUUUAUUACAAAGUUUAACACGAAACGUCAACUUUCGUUUACGUUUCUCCGGAAGGCGUCCAUGUCCUUUUUGAUUUUUUUCUAAACGUUCUGAGUUACGUGGCAGGAAAAGAAAUGACGAAAAUAUUUUUACGAACGAGUAAACCGAAAGAAAAAGAAAAAAAGAGACGAAAGAGAGAGAGAGAGAAAGGAGAAGAGAAAGAUGCAGAGAGAAAAAGAGAGAGAGAGAGAGAGAGGAAAAGAAGAUGGGCGUCUUCGAUCGUCCACGACGCGAUUCAAGCUUCGAUAUCCUAUAAACUUACGAUAGAGAGUCAUAAAGUUGCUAUUAGAGUUAUAAAGUUCACCGUAGAUUCUCGAUGUAAGGUCCUACGAAGGCCAAAAGGGUCGCGUUCUUUCAAGGACAUGUUGAAUAUUCCCAAUAAAUCUAAAUCUCUCUCUCUCUCUCUUUCUGUCUUUCUGUCUUUCUGUCUUUCUGUCUGUCUGUCUCUCCCUUUCUCUCUUUCUCUCUCUCUCUCUCUCUUUCUCUCCUUCUCUCUGUCUGUCUGUCUCUUUCUCUCUCUCUCUCUCUCUCUCUCUCUCUCUCUCUGUCUCUCUGUCUCUCUAUUUCUCUCGCGAGUAAACGCGAUAUCUCUCUUUUACUCUCAUUCUUUUUCGGUCUAAUUUGAAAAUUCUCAAUUUACUUUCGAUUCACGUAAAUUUUGAAAAAACGAUAAAAGAAUAAUUUUUCGAUCGGGUUAUGAGAUUGAGAAAAGAAAAGGAUAGAACAAAAAAUUGAUUGAUAAAAUCGAAUAAAAAAGAGAAGAGAAAGAACAGGAUAGGUGGGUGAUUGGGAGGGAAAAGUUAAGGGAAAAACAAAAAAAGAUUAUUGGCAACAAUUCCAAAAGAGAUAACGAUAACGUAUCGACGGGCCGCGUGCCGUCGACUGUGUGUACCUGUGUACGUGUUAAAAAGAUUUAAUUCACGAAAGAACGAGAGAAAGAAAGAGAGUGUAAGGAUUGUCAAACGAAAAAAGAAAAAUGAGAAAGAGAGAAGAAGUUGGUCGAAGGGGAAAAAGAAAAAAGAAAAAGCAGAGGGAAAGAAAGGAAUUAAUAAAUAAAUAAAUAAUAAAAGAUUUAAAUAAAGGAUUGAGAAAGGUGAAAAAGAAAAGAACGGAAGCGAUCUGACGCCAUCGUCGUACGGUCGACGGG